AUGGAGGAUUUCCCUCUGGUGUUGAAUGAUCAACUAUUCUUUAAACCAAAACUACUUUUUCUUCCUUUGAACAUCCAAUGUAACAUGCAAGCAUUCAUUUCUUACCACAGCUGUUCUGUACCGGCGAACUCAUUGGACAAGUUAAUUCACAGCUUGCGAAAAUUUGAGGCGGAGAUCAUUGGCUGGAGGCUGACUCAUUUGAAGAUUUUAAAAUCAAAGUUAAAGAAUUUCAAAGAAACUGACAGUAGAGACUGCAGAGGUAGUGAAGAAUCAUAGCAAAAAGGAAACAUUUGUCUGUAAACUAAUCUUAUUACUACAGACUCUGAGGCAAGAUUUGAAGGCCUGACAUAAACAAGAACAAACUCGCGCAAUCUUCUGGGAACAUUCCUUGGUUAAGUAAUCUUAGCGAAAAUGAAGUGAAAGACACUUGUGACAGUAUUGAUAAGAGUAUUUCCAGGGAACAAGUAUCUCCCCUAACGGUCAAAAGUUGUGCUGGAGAUGAUGUUGACAUGAUGUUGACAUGUAAUGAUUGAUUUGACAGAUAUUUGUGAUUGAAAAGUAGAUGUACCAUCUUUUAAGUUAUUGCACAAAUUCACUUAGGAUCUUCUGAUUUGUCUGGAGAUAGUGAUAUUGAAGUUAUUCAAGUUGUCAAAAAUCAACAAGUUAAACUUGAACCUGAAACAAUUGUCAUGAAAGAUUUGACAGUAUCCCCCCGCCAGACCAUCUUAUCUUUGAAAAUGAAGACGUCUUAG